UCACACACUCACAUCUCAGUGUAGAAAACAGAUCAAAACACUGAACCUUGUUAAUAUUUACGAUAAAAGCAAAUUUCAGCUUCGUGUUGUUUAUCUGCCAGAUAUAUUAUCAAUUAAUUCAAAAGGCCAUAAAUUACGGCAACGAAAGCAACAACGUGUUUGUAAUGUGGUCUCGAGGGGUGUCACAGGUGAGGUCACUACUCAAUAUUGAUGUCCAGGAUUUUGUGUUUAUGAAAAUCUAGAAUAUUUAUGUGUAAAGUAGUUUUUCUGAAUGUUUUCAACUACCACGUGCUUGUAAUCUGGUCUCGUGGGGUGUCACAGAUACUUCAGAAAUCCAAUUUCCCGACAUGACUGUCCCGUUUUUGUGUGUAUGAAUUGUUUUGAUAUUCAGGUUCUAGGUUUAGUCACAUUAAACCAUAGUAGAGUCAGUUGGAUCUUCGUCGCUCUAUUUGUAAAUAACAACACUGUUCACUAACAAACAGUCAAUGAACGUCCUGGAAAAUGCGUGUGAACCAUGUUCAUUUACCCGCUGUAUGUAAAACAAUACGACAAUAGUCUGACAAGUACAUAAGUACUAAAUCUCCGAGUUCACGAACACCAUUCUACCAGAAUCGAAACCACUAACUGCCAGAUGUAAGAGUCUUUGUCAGGGGAGAUUGCCGUGAAGGGAGAUUGGAACAUAUGUCAUACACAUAUGACGGUUGAUUAAAUGUUUGUUUUGAUACUUUCAGGUCCAGUCACAGGGAAGAGGGCAGAUAGCCAAGCCUGGAGCCAGAUGGAAGCACGGAGACCUGGACCUACACAGAAGUCUGAUGUACCCGCCACGACCAGAGAGAGGGACACACGGAAGUCUGGGACCCCCUCAAGACCUGACACACGAGCGACACCGACACCCGCACGGAGAGACGCCCGGGCAGACGCCGACCUCUGUGCCGCCUGCAGGGCGGGGAAGCUGGCGGAGGUGAAGCGGAUCCUGGACACAGGUCGGGCUGACGUCAACUGUAGAAGUGUGGUCGGGAUGACACCGGUGAUGAGGGCAGCAGGGUGGGGACACAGGGAUGUGGUGGAGCUCCUUGUGAGUCGAGGUGCUGAUGUGUCACUGGUGGACGAUGACGGUGACAACGUCCUUCACUACGCCUGUGAGGGAGGAUACAGGAAGACAGUGGAGUUUGUCCUGUCUCUGGACGGGGUGGACAUCAACAGUAGAGGACAGAGGAGCAUGACACCGGUGAUGCUGGCAGCACUGAGGGGACACAGGGAUGUGGUGGAGUUCCUUGUGAGUCGAGGUGCUGAUGUGUCACUGGUGGACGGUGUCGGUAACGACAUCCUUCACUACGCCUGUAGAGGAGGAGACAGGAAGACAGUGGAGUUUGUCCUGUCUCUGGACGGGGUGGACAUCAACGUCCGGAACGACUACGGGGAGACAGCGGCCGACGUGGCGAGAGACGGGCGACAUCAUCAACUGUCGGAUCUCCUGGUGUCACGUGGUACACAGUGAAGUGAAUGUAGUGUUGAUGUAGAGAGUGAUGGAGGAAAUGUCGUUACUGACACUGACGUUGUGCAUGCCGUUCACGUCGUCGCGUUGUUUAUAAUUCAGUAUGACGGUGAGAAUAUUUGUUGUGUUUGGGGAGA